UCCCACUGUUGGUGCCACGACUACACAGCCACGUUGCUAGUGAAGACAUGCUCUAAGUUCUCCAAAGUACUACCCUAGGUAGUAGACAAGGGAAAAUGAAGUAGAUAUUAUUCAUUAAGAUUUCCAAUACAUUUCAAACAUAUGGAUAUAGGCAAAUAAAAUAAAAACCCAUUUCUACCCUACAGGCAUUUGUAAAUGCCAAUGGAAGAAGACAAAUGGAACCAGGCUGCAAGAGUCAUUCAGAGGUGCUGGAAAAGAUGUAUUAAUGUCCGUGUCUUUCGAUACUACAAAGAACUAAUAGGCUUUAGAGGAGUUGGGGACCCCCAUCUUCUGAUGAAAUGCAUUGACCCUAGAGAGGCAGAGUUACUAGAUGCUGCAGCAGGUGUUUAUGUCCGAUUCAGACUAGGUGGUACUAAAUAUCCUCCAAGUAUAUAUUACAAAAUAUUCACUCAUAGACCCAUUGUGGAUAUGUGUGCUAACAGCCCUAAAGAUUAUUCAAAGCCAGCAUACAAACAGCUGGUGCCAGAGGCUAUUCAUGGAAAGAUUUGGAAAGAUGACCACAGUGGCUGGUACAAGCGUGUGGAGAAUAACGGUUGGAGACUUCUUUCGAUCAGAUUUUGGAGGACUAUAGAUCCUGUAACUGAUGAGGACAACACAAAGGAAAAGGAAUUCCAUUACUCUAAGCUGAAGAGGAAACAAGACAUUGACCGGAGAAGAAAAAGGAGAAAAAUUGAAUGGAUGACAAAAAUGUAUUAUGCAGGAAGCUUGCGGGUCAAAACAGAGGACCCAACCACUGCAAUCUUAAUUCAGAGAAGUGCAGAAGGCAUCGUCAAUGCUGUUGAGAAAGGAGGAACAGACAAUGUAAUGGAAUGGGAAGUGGAUGAACUGUUGGAAUGGACAAAUGCACUUAACUUUGAAGAAUAUAUUAGCCAGUGGAAAGAAAUUGCAACAAGCAACUCAUCAGCUAACUACCAGGGUUUCCAGUUUAUUGUAUCACAACAUGAUCCAUGUGAAUUCUCACAGCUACCCCAUGGAAACAUCCAGGAAACACCAACCCCUAAUCCAUUACCUUUAAAUGAAACAGACUUCAAGCCAGGGACAUUUAUAACACCAUUAAACUCACCUUGUAAUCUCCCAAUGGGUAACAAUUCUGAAUGAUAAUUUUGCUCCUAUUCAUUAGAAUACUAUUUUGCUCUACUUCAAUUUGAUAUGAUAUGGAGCUAUAGUUUCAGCAGUUAGAGCUGACUAAACAAGAAAUCUGCAUGUAAAACACAAAUGUGCUGCAUGAUUCUCUCCUCUAUAAAAACAAAUUACAACAGUAUCCAAAACUGGUUUGAAUCAGUCAUAAUGUGCUAAUAAUAACCUCCCCUACUUUUCUCCCUCUUCUAGAACACCUACAUUCUAUACAAUAUAAUU